GGGGGCUGUUUUAGGCCAAAAGGUUGGAAGGGCUGCUCAUGUCAUCUACUACGCCUCAUCAACUCUCAAUGAAGCACAAAAGAACUACUCCACUACCGAGAAGGAAAUGCUAGCGGUGGUCUUUGCUUUGGAGAAGUUUCGUUCCUACCUUCUUGGAACGAAAGUUAUUGUCUACACCGACCACGCCGCUCUCAGAUUCCUUAUGACAAAGAAGGAAGCCAAACCAAGACUCAUUCGAUGGGUCCUUCUAUUGAGCGAGUUUGACAUAGAAAUCAAAGACAAAAAGGGAGCGGAGAACUUGGUGGCCGAUCAUUUAAGCCGCUUGGUCCCAAACAAAGAAAUCGAAAGGCUCCAUACCAAUCUCAUAAAAGGCGAAUUCCCGGACGAGACUCUCUUCUCCAUCAAAGUCAUACAACCAUGGUACGCAAACAUCGUAAAUUUCCUUGUUUCCGGCAAAUUUCCUCCACAAUUCUCAAAAGCUCAAAAAGAAAAAUUAAAAAUGGACUCAAGACUUUAUGUGUGGGAUGACCCAUAUUUGUGGAAACAUUGUAAGGAUCAAAUAAUCCGAAGAUGUAUCCCCGAAUAUGAGAUAACCCACAUUAUAGAGUUUUGCCAUUCUUAUGCUUGUGGAGGACAUUUCGGCCCGAAACGGACUGCAAUGAAGAUUCUUGAAAGUGGUUUUUGGUGGCCAAGUCUAUUCCGGGAUGCACAUGGCUUUUGUCAAUCUUGUGACAAUUGUCAAAGAGCAGGCAACAUUUCUAGGAGAAACGAGAUGCCACAAAACCCCAUGCUUUUCUGUGAAAUUUUCGAUGCAUGGGGUAUUGAUUUCAUGGGACCUUUCCCAAACUCUCAAGGUAACAUCUACAUCCUUCUUGCGGUAGAUUACGUCUCCAAAUGGGUGGAGGCAAAGGCAACGAAGACUGAUGAUGCCAAGGUGGUGGCUAAUUUCCUCAAAACACACAUAUUUUCAAGGUUCGGGGUCCCUCGAAUUUUAAUAAGCGAUCGAGGCACACAUUUUUGUAAUAAAAUUGUGGGAUCCCUACUAAGAAAAUAUGGUGUGACUCACAAGAUCUCCACUGCUUACCACCCUCAAACCAAUGGCCAAGCGGAAACCUCAAAUAGGGAGUUGAAGUCUAUACUCCAGAAAACAGUGAACCCAAAUCGGAAGGAUUGGAGUAUACGCAUUGAUGAUGCGCUAUGGGCAUACCGAACUGCUUACAAAACUCCGAUUGGUAUGUCCCCUUAUAGACUUGUGUUUGGCAAAGCUUGUCAUCUCCCCGUAGAGCUUGAACACAAGUCAUAUUGGGCGGUGAAAGAAUUCAACCUCAAUCUUGACGAGGCCGGUUUGCAUAGGAAGCUCCAAUUGCAAGAAUUGGAAGAACUCCGCAUGGAUUCUUAUGACAAUGCGGAAAUAUACAAAAGAAAGACGAAGGAGUGGCACGACAAAAUGAUCAUAAGGAAGAACUUUAAACUUGAUGACAAAGUCCUCCUUUUUCAAUCACGCCUUCGUCUAUUUCCCGGAAAGCUGAGAUCCCGUUGGACUGGACCAUACAAAGUGGUCAAAAUUUAUCCACACGGGGCGGUGGAAAUUAAAGACCUGGAAACGGGCGAGGUGCUCAAGGUGAAUGGACAAAGACUAAAACCCUUCUUUGAGGGUUUUCAACCCAAAAAUGUGGAAGUCAUGGACCUUUCUGAACCGGUCUAUGAGUAAAGAACAACGAAGAUAUCGUCGAGCCACGACGUUAAAUAAAGCGCUUCUUGGGAGGCAACCCAUGCAAGGUAUGUUCACUUUAAUUAAAUUUUGCAGAGUUUGUGUGUUCAAAAAAAAAAAAAAAAAAAAAAAAAAUAAAAAAAUAAACUGAACAAACCCGACCGGGUAAACUAACCCACCAGGUCGGGUAUUGAAACCAGAACAUUCUGGUUUAAAAAUUUCAACAAACCCGACCGGGUAUUUUAACCCACCCGGCCGGGUAUUUAAACCAGAGGCUUCUGUUUUAAAAAGUUCAGGUUACCCGACCGGGUAAACUACCCUACCCGACCGGGUAAACACCCGGAAAUCAUUCUGCCAACCUCUGAAAGGCAAACCCGCCCGGGUAAACCACCCCACCCGACCGGGUAAUCGGGCUUUUCAGCCUAUACCAGGUCGGGCAGCACAACAUCUCCACUUCAUCUUCCCCAAAUUUUCGAACCUCCCUAUCCCAAAACCUCCAUUUUCAUAACUCCAAAGCUCAAAACCAACUCAUUUCUCCAUCAAAUCCAUAAAUUAACAUCAUAUUCUUCAUCUCCUCACCUCCCUCUUUCAUCCUACACCAAUUAAUCCAUCUCAAAUCCCCCAAAUCAACCAACCAAAAAAAACCCUACCCCCAUUUUCGAACCCCUUCAUUCUUGGACUUCAAAGGUCCAAAGACAAGCCAAAAAUCAUCACCAAACAUCAAAUACCUCUUCUCCUAAUCAUUCCCUACAAAACCAUACCCAUCAAGCUCACCAAAUCCUACCCACCCCAAAAAUCCGAAAAAUCCCUCACCAAAAACACCCAAAAUCAAGCUCCAUGGCACCAAAAAGGGCAAAACCUUCUUCCUCAAGGACUCAAAGGGCUAUUCCACCGGUUGACGGCUUCGAGGAGGUGGACCUUGCAACCGAAGCACAACGCAUCCGCUUUCUCGAACAAUCCGAAAGAGAGGUAAAACACUCCCGAUUUAUGUGCCAAUUGACCUUGACUUUCUUUUGGAUUGAUGAUAUUAUGAGGGACAUAUUCACAAGGUGUGGCAUGCUGAAAAUUUUUAAUAUGCAUUAUUGGUCAUAUUCUCGUUUAGUGUAUGAGUUCUACAGUUCCGUUGAGCAUGUGAAAGACGAAAAUGAUCACACCAAUAACACUAUCAACUUUCGAAUGCUCAACGAGAACCGUUCACUCACUAAAAGAGAAUUUGCUGAACACUUCGGCCUACCCUUGCUUGAUGAAAUUGUCGCGCAUAGUACACCGGUAGCCCAUGAACUAUGGAGAAGAAUGACUGGAGUUGUCAAUGUUCGCACUUCCCACCUCAAUGUCAACCACAUCCAACACCCGGUUUUCCGAAUUUUCUUCAAAUUCUUGGCAAAUUGUCUUUUCGGGAGACCAAACAACCAUCAAACUAGAGUGAGUGAUGUGUGCCUCUUAGCACAAGCUGUUCUUCCGGGUGCUAGCCCGUACGAUCUCACCACCGUGCUUUGGGAUCACAUUAUCAAUGUUAAAAAUGGUGGAGGACCAAUUCUGGUAGGGGGUCUAAUUACCCACAUAGCAACACUAUAUGGUUUUCAAUGCAAUGGUGCACGAAACAAAAGAACCCUUCUUGGCCUUAAGUUUCUAAAGAAUGCUGGGGAUGUGACCCUAUCACACGUAGAACAUGAUGGUCUGGAGAUCUAUCAUUGGCACAUCAAACCUGGCCAAGAUCUGUACCACCCAUUCCCCUCCGAUAAUCUCCCACUUAACAUCCUUGAUCACCAUAUUGGUGAUGGACACCAUUAUUGUCUGCCCGGGGGGAUCCCAGCUCAUUAUGCACCCCCAGAUGAUGAACAGGGGAACAAUGAAGACAACAACGCCGCCAACGAGCAAGCAAUUGAGCCACCACUCCUCAUUCCUGAACAACCACAACCACAACCUCAUGCCCACCAAUAUUCACCAUUUGAGCAAGAAAUGCUAAAUAGCAUGAAUGCUCUUAACCUUAACUACACUCAACUCCGGAAUGAGUUCGGGUUAUUUAGAAAUGAGCAGAGGCAGAGUUUUGAGAGGAUUGAAGAACAAAGACGGGAGGAUUGGCGUAGGCAUGAAGAGGACCAACGAAGAACCUUUGGUCCGAUAUACUCUUAUGUAGCACACCAGGGGUCCUUUGCGACUAUGAGCAACCCCCCUCCCGCACCCUCAUGGUAUAACCCCACUGAAUGGGGUUAUUUCGGCGGCUCAAGUUCUGGUGGAGGGGGCGGAGAUGACGGGCACCAAGGUGAUCACAUGGAUGAAGAUGCUCAAUUCACAGGUUACCACGGCUAUGGAGGUUCCUAUGAUGGAGGAGAUGCGGGCGGGCACUAGGGACAGUGCCUAAUCCUAAGUGUGGGGGUAUUGAGAACUAUUCCGGAUCCUGAAGGUGAUUACUAUACAGAGUUCAUCGAAUGAGGAAGCUGACAUUGAAGACCCAUUUUUACUCUUUUGGUUUUGGAGAUACUUUAUGUUAUUUGCUUGAACACUUAUGGUUGUUGUUUUUGCUACUUCUGCCAUUUAAAGACUUCUUGAACAGAACUCAUUUUACUCGAGACGAGUAAAAGUGCAAGUGUGGGGGUGUUUGAUAUGCACUAGUUUAUAGUGCAUAAGUGUAUGUUUUUAUAUCGAUCUUGUGUAGACUUUCCAUCACUUUUAGUUAGUUUUUAAGUAUUUGUUUUAUUUUAGUUGUAAUUGUUUUUACCUUCUAUUUCUAGCUAUAGAAUAGUGAUAAAGUUUUUAGCAAGCAAAAGGGAAGAAAAGCUGAAGACAAAAAUUCUCAGGAACACAGACCCGGG